UAUUAGCCAACUAACAAAAACAAAUCCCUUCUUAAUACCCUUUCUCAUAAUAAAUCCAACCCCUUUCUCAUCGGAUCCUUCAUCAUUGCAACCUUCUCCAUCUCCUCUCAUCGUCCUCCACAAAGAUCGCAACAGCAGAAUCCAAAGUAGCAGCAGCAGGAGACAAAUCAAGUCACAAAUGAGUUAUCAACAAGUUUACCCUCCACCCCCAGGUUAUUCUCACCCUUAUCCACCACCACCACCUCAGCCAGGGUAUGGGCAGCCUCAGCCUCAAGGGGUGUACCCACCACCACCUCCUCCUCCUUAUGGGUAUCAGAGAUACUUCAAUGAUGGGUAUCAGCCACCACCACCUCCACCAAUUCCUCCUCCUCCUCCUCAUUAUCACUGCCAUGAGCAUCAUGAGGACUCUUGCCUCUCAUUUUUGAGAGGAUGUAUGGCUGCUCUUUGCUGCUGCUGUGUAUUGGAGGAAUGUUGCUUCUGAUAGAGUCAGAGGCCAAGUUUCCAAGCUAUGCAAUAAAACCUCGGUUCGUGUAUUUGUAGUCCCAUCAUUGUUGUUUAUGUUGUGUUAAUAGUUAAGGAAUUUCGAGCUUGUGGAUCUUGAAAGUAACUGCAUGGCAAUGUUUGAAUUUGUUAUAAAUACAAAUGAUGUAACUAGAAAUAUACCUGAAAUACAGUUGUGAUCAUACUGGACAAGUAAGUACAUUAGCUAAUUGGCUUGUUUAUCUAUUCGAGGUUUACAUUUCUGCUC